CCGUGCGCUUUGGCAACAGCAUCAGUUCCCAUUUCAGCUUCACAACGCUUAGAGCAACCAAACAUUUGGAUUAUUCAUACACAACAGCAAGAAAGGAUCAAAAUCAGCAAUCUCCACAAAAUGGCAUUCAAAUUCAUUGUACUCUCAGCAAUCUUGGCCGUCGCCAGCGCCGGUGUAUUGCACCAUCCCGUCAGCUAUGCUCAUGUCGUCAAUCCCGCUGUGGAUGCUGUCGCCGCGACACACCAGAACGUUGUACGCUCCUUCGGCGGUACUGUCUCCCAGUACUCGAAGAACAUCGAGACCCCUUACUCCAGCGUACACAAAUCGGACACACGCAUCAGCAACAACGUCUACACACCAGCCGUCGUUAAGACUGUCACCUAUGCUGCACCUGCCGUGACCAAGACCUAUGUGAGUGCACCCUCGCAAACCGUUUAUGAACAUCACGAGGCCGCACCUGCCGUCUAUGAGCACGCUGAACACGCACCAACCGCUGCGGUGUACACCCAUGCCGCACCAGCUGUUGCCAAAACUGUGACUUAUGCCGCUCCAGCUGUAACCAAGACCGUCAGCUAUGCUGCGCCAGCUCCAGUUUACCACCAUGAGGCUCCUGUGGUCAAGGCAGUCAGCUAUGCCGCGCCAGCUCCAGUUUACCACCAUGAAGCUGCUCCAGUGGCCACCACCACCUACAAUCAUGGACCAGCUGCCACCACUUACACCCACAACUCACCCUCUGUUGCCGCUUAUGGUUCCAGCCAAACUGUGCAGUACUCACCCGCCGAGAUGGUCUCACACAUGAGCUUCGAUGGUUUCGGCACACACUGGGGCUUCUAAGUUGACUUUUGUUGUUGCAUAAGACUGUACAGCGUUUGUCGAUGAAAGCGGAACUGUUCGAGGAGUUUGAAAUUAUUAUUUUUUAAUAUUUUAUUUUUUUGUUGUUAUUUUGUGUUUGUUGUACUCACACAUUUAUUAUUGUCAUUCACAUUGUGUUUCUAUAUGCAUGAUAAAUAUUAUAUGAUCACUAUUUAAUCACU